GGAAAGCGGCCGCCCGAGAAGCCGAAACCCAGUUGGAAAUGGCAAAAAUAUCGACAGAGUUGCAAGUGCUGCAGCUAGAAAGAGAAGAAGCUGCUGCCAUGGCGGAAGCAAAGUACAUAGAAGAAGCUGAAGGGUCGCGUGAUCUGACCGCAGCAAGAUCUACUUUAGAAAGGACCAGACUGGAACGCACAAGCGACUAUGUACAAUCUCAAAUAGACAGGCAGGCUCGUCUCCCCUCUCCAUACGUAUUCGAUAACUUCCCCAGCUACGAGGAACCUCAGAGAGUCACGAUUGCAUCACAUCCAUACGAGGAAGGAAAUUUACCCUCACGGCUCCGUGAUGAAGUCAAGAAUGAAAGAACCGACAACGCUCCUUCACCCCCACAACAGGACGGCGGGGAGGGAGAGGUUCACUCCAGGACAACAAUUGUCAGCUCGAACUGUACAGAAGUUUGCGGUCAAACUCAGUCAAGCCGUUCUUGUUCCAAGAUCUGCCUCACUGAGGUGUACCCUAAAGAAGCACAACAAGACAUUACCAAGCGUAAAGUAACCGACGAGACGCUAGGUCAGUCAGUUUUCGUUCGAACCGAGCGCGGAAACAAACUUGCACAAUCAGCUCAAGAUACCAUUUCUUUAAAACCCAAAGACACCAAGGUCUUCAGAGAUGAAGCAAAUAAUGGGGUUGCCCCAUUGCCAAUCAGAGAACCACGCCAGCGCUCACCAGAUAACAAAGAGCAGGCAGUCAAACGGUUCACGUCCUUACGGAAAACCUGGAAAAAGAAACCUGAGAUACAGCAACGCACCCGAUUGGCCCACGAGGUACUGUGCACCCUAAUGGCAGAGGUCACAGCCAUUAUAAACGCACAAUCAUUCCUACCUGUGUCUUCUGACCCAGAAAACCCCUUCAUCCUUUCGCCAUCAAUGCUCCUUACACAGAAGGCAGGGGCACCUCCUCCACCAGGAGACUUUUCAGACAGGGAUCUGUACACAAAGCAAUGGAGACAAGUCCAGGCUCUGGCAAAUCAGUUCUGGCCUUGCUGGAGACAAAAAUAUCUACCUUUGUUGCAACAGAGACAAAAGUGGACAGAACCCCGCAGGAAUCUUCAAGUUGGAAACUUAGUCCUGCUCAGGGACAAGCAAGUCGCUCGCAACAGCUGGCCAACGGCCAGAAUCACUGCUACAUUCCCUAGCGAGGAUGGACAUGUCAGGAAGAUCGAAUUGAAGACUACCGACCAAGGCGAUGUGAAAAUUUACCAAGGGCCAGUUACAGAAGUUAUUCUACUUCUACCCAAUGACUGAUUAAGAGACUAAGUUUUGUACUCUGCUCAUUGUGACCUUACGAAGGUCAAGCGGGGAGUGUGCUGUCUUUACGACAGUUAUUUAGUUUAUAAUAUUUUCGCUUAGUAAUUCAUUCAAUAGUAUUUUCUAGUUAGAAUUAGAAGUGUUUAAAGUGUAUUCAUUGCAUGUAAAAUAUAUCGGCAUGCGAUGACGUCACAUCCGGUUUCGCCGCGUCUUGUGGGAAAACACCGGUUUGAAAUUAGCGCGAGGGUGGGGGCUUUCCACGAGGCUCACCUGAGCACAAGCAGUUUUGCAGGCAUGAGAAAUCACAGUGAGAGCAACGCUUUUUCACCAUAUGUUAAUGUGAAGAGUGAACAGUAAAUGGUUAAUCUUACUGCGAUCUGGUUCUUAUUAACUGUGGUUUAUCCGGACGUUAAAUUCGGCGUUUCGUUACACCCGAAGGAGAACGUGA